AUGCGAGUCCCUCAUUUCGCUUUUCUCUCGGCCGUGUUGUUGACCUAUGGGCGCUGUAUCUUUUUUGCUAGAGAGAUGAUUUCUAUGCGACGUGUUGAAAUCGUGCUUAAUUCAAUUCAAUGUCUUUUUCAUUUUGAUGGAUAUCUAGGACCCACGAAUGAUAAACAACGAGCUGUAGUGGUCGCGUUUAAGCAUGCAUGGAAAGGAUAUCGAAAGUAUGCUUGGGGCCAUGAUCAGUUGAGGCCUAUCAGUGGUGGCUAUUCGGACUGGUUUGAUACCGGUCUCACAAUAGUCGACGCACUUGACACAGCGAUCAUAAUGAACCUUAAAGAAGAAACAACUCAAGGGAUAGACUGGAUACGGAAUUCGCUGUCUUUUGAUAAGGAUCGCUAUGUCAAUCUGUUCGAAACAACAAUCCGCACUCUCGGUGGUCUUCUCAGUGCAUUUCAUCUUACCGGUGAUAAGGUACUGAUGUUUGUAGACAAGGCUGAGGAUCUUGCAGGAAGGUUACUCAGUGCAUUCUUAAGCUCAAAGUCGUUUGUUCCAUUAAGCGAUGUUAAUCUAAAAACGAGAAAGGCUAGACCACCUUCAUGGAGUGGCGAGUCAUCGUUGUCCGAAGUGGCAUCGCUACAGUUGGAGUUUCGAGAUCUUUCUAGAGUAACUGGAAAGAAACUAUACGAGGAAGUGUGCUUUAAUGUUUCGAAACACAUUCACGAAAUCGGAUGUAACGACUACGGUGGUCUCUGUGAUAUGUUUUUGAAUGCAAAUACCGGACGUUUUCCUGGUGCUACUAUCACGUUUGGAGCGCGUACCGACAGCUACUACGAAUAUCUACUCAAGCAGUGGAUCCAAACGGGCAAAAGUAUUGAUUGGUUAUUAUCUGAUUAUAUAACUGCUAUGAAUUCUAUGAAGUCGAAAUUGCUGAAGUAUUCUGAGCCUAAUAAACUAGCAUUCGUCGGUGAAUUGCUUCAAGGAAGCACAUAUUCUCCGAAAAUGGAUCACUUGGUCUGUUUCCUUCCGGGUACACUGGCACUUGGUAACCAUAACGGACUACCUGCCGAACACAUGGAACUAGCCAAGGAACUUGGAAGAACAUGUCAGAGACUCUAUGUAAAUCCCACUGGACUUGCACCAGAAAUUGCCUAUUUUAACAUGGAUCCAGGUGGAACUGAGGAUAUAACCUCUAGAUGCGCAUUCACUUUUAUUCACAGGCAGGUUUGUUUCCUCUUAUCUUCUUCAUUUUCUCAUAAGAUUUACCAGGAUUGGGGAUGGGAAGCUUUCAAAGCUAUUGAAAAAUAUGCGAGAGUAACAAACGGAUACUCUUCUGUGAGGAGCUUUAAAAUUCUUUCCAGAGAUCUCAUGGAAUCUUUUUUCUUGGCGGAGACCCUCAAGUAUCUUUAUCUCUUAUUUGCUGAUGAUCAGACGGACCUCUUUCCUUUAGACAAAUGGGUAUUCAAUACAGAAGCUCAUCCUCUUCCAAUAUAUUCAAGCUAG